AUGGCGGGCCUGGAUCCCGGCCCGGCCAUCCCCGUGUGGCUGGUCGAGGACGACCUGGGCUGCAUCAUCUGUCAGGGGCUGCUCGCCACGCCCGCUACGCUACCCUGCGGCCACAGCUUCUGCCGCGACUGCCUGAAGGGCCUGUGGGCCGCGGGUAGCGCCAGACCCCCGCGCUCCUGCCCCACCUGCCGGGAGAGCGCCCCGUCGCCGCUGCAGCUGCGGAAGAACACGCUGCUGCAGGAGCUGGUGGACAAGUACAGCCGCGCGCUGCGCGAGGUGACGGACGGCCCCGGCCCCGCCCCGCCCCGCCCCGCCCGCGCCCCCGCGUCGCGCAGCCCCGCAGCCGGUAGGGAGGGGGACCGGCUCUUCCCCGGGUCCGGCCCGGCCCUUCCCCGGGCAGCGGCACAGAAGAGCAUCCCAGAAGUUGGGCGUGAGCUGGCGGAGUUGGUGGAACAGCUCGUAGACAUUGUCAGGAGUCUUCAGAGUCAGAGGCACCUUCCCGAAUCCGGUCCAGACAAUGAAGGGAGCACCCCGAGCAUGAGCGUGGUAGGCUCAUCUUCUUCUGGUGGGGUGGACCUUUCCUUGGCUUCUUCAAAGCCAGUGACUUCCAACACACCCGAGAGAAAAAUGAGAGACAUUCUGCAUGACCUAGAAGAAAUCCAGAAGAAAUUACAGGAAAACUUCACGUGGAAGGAGGCCUUUGAAGAACAGCCGCAGGCAGAAGUCCAGGAAGCUCCCCAUUCCUCUUCAUGUCCGCUGCCUGACCAGAGCCACCCAGCCCCCAAGAGCGCCUCCCGGUUUGCUCGGUUUGCUCGGUGGGCCAUCAGUCCGACCUUCGACCUUCGCAGCCACUCCUGUAGCCUGGAGGUGUCCAAGGAUGGCCGGGCAGUGACUGUGUCUCGCCAUCCACAGACCCAUCUCGGGGGUCAUGAGAGGUUUGUGACCUGCCAGGCCUUAUGUUCCCAGGCCUUUUCUUCUGGGCAGCAGUACUGGGAAGUGGACACUCAGCAUUGCAGCCACUGGGCAGUUGGGGUGGCUUCCUGGGGGAUGAAGCGGACCCAGAUCCUGGGAAGGACCCGGGACUCCUACUGUGUAGAGUGGAAGGGGACUAGCCAACUCUCUGCAUGGCACAUGGUCAAGGAGACUGUCCUUGGCUCUGACAGACCGAAGGUGGUGGGCAUCUGGCUGGACCUGCAGGAGGGGAACCUUGCCUUCUAUUCAGUGGCUGAUCAGGAGAUGCUUCUGUAUGAGUGCCGAGUCUCAGCCUCCUCUCCUCUGCACCCUGCCUUCUGGCUCUAUGGCUUAAAUCCUGGAAACUCUCUGACUAUAAGGCCGGUAAGGGUGUAAAGUUUCCCUGAGUGUCAGAACCUAGUGGUUUCCUGUCCUUUCCCUCUGCUUUCAAGCCAGUGGUACCUCGACAAGAGUCCCACUUCCAGAGUUAAUGGGUGCGCCGUAAAGGGCUAACUGCAGGCUUCGGAUGGGCAGACUGCACAUUCCCAAGAGAGCGUGGGUCCUUGACUAGUUCUUGGGAGGCAACCCCUAAUCCCUUGGGGUAUCCUGCCUGAUAAGAGUGUUUAUUUACCAGAGGGUCUUGGGCCAGGGGGUAUCAGCUUGACCUCUGGAGGGACUGGAGACUAAGGCCUGCCCAUGUGGCCGACCCCCAGG